GCAACAUCAACUUCAGUGUGGGAAUGAACGUGAAGUGAGUAAGUUGGGCGUUUGCGUACAGGUACUUGCAGAGUAACUCGCCCUAGUUAAUAUCUGUCAAAACUUUUACACCAGUAUAUAUGUGCCAUUUACUUCUCACAUUUUACACAUGUUCAAAAGUUAUGUACGUUUUAGGAAGAAACGCUACUGUGGUUAGACUUUAUACAUGUUACAAUUAAGUCUUUGAUUGAAAUGAACACGAUUUCGAAUUCAGUUAAAAAUGUUUGUAAAUGUAUAUGAAGAGACAGUGUGACACCAUGAUACAGAUGCGCCAUAGUCUACAUUGGAAAUUAAUACCACAUGAGUUAUUUCAGUUAAUUAACUUAUUAGUAAUUUGAACAGAAGAGACUGUCAAGAAGGAGGCUCAUAUUUCUAGUGAUAUACAAAAUACUAAAGUCACUAAAUUAAACUUCGGACGAAUGUGAAUGAGAAUUAGUGAAGUACAGGAAGUGAGGAGAUGUGUACCAAGUAAAAUCGGUGCCUCCAAAUUAUUUGUAGAACAAAACGAAAAGAAGAGCACAAAACUGAAAUAAUGCAAUGAAAAACGGAAGUCCAUUUUAUUCGCAACUAAAGACUUUUUAUUUUGUUUUGCGGAUUCGUUGUUUAGGGACACCUUAGCAAUGAAACGUAAACACACAUAUAGAGAAAUGUGUUUAGUUAGAUAUUUAAAUGUGUGUUUUUCUUGCCAUUGUGACGUGAAGUGUGGUGAUGAGUGAACAGAUAACCCCAACUUCAAAGAUGGCGACCAGUGUUGUCAUGAAUGUGUCUGGUUAUGCUCUCUGCCGCUGGACAUUAACGAAGGCGCUAGUGGGCAUCUUGCUUCUGUUGAUGUCUGUUGCAGGUUCGCACAACCCGUCACCACAGAGCAUUUCCGGCCACAGUUCGGCGAUUGAUGCAACAUCAGUCUCGCUGGAGCUGAAAAGGAAGUCAUAUUUGGCUGAUAACGUCAUAAUGAGUGGUGAAACCAUAGUAAAACAUACAAAAACUGUAAAUCAGUCAUCAGAUUUCGAUAAAAGAUUUACCAGACCUGAAUUAGUUCAGUCUUCUUCUCUUUCUGUAAUUUUUUCUGAAAAUCCAACUGUGAAAGAAAAUAUAAUCGACACAGAUGACGCAGAAUUAUCGACACAACGACUGCCAAGAUCAAUUGACUCUAAAAUUUCAACUUCUCAAAUAUUAGAAAAUUCGGCAGCGACACCCAACAGAAAGGUAACAUCACUGGAAUCUAGGAACAAAAACGGCGAUCGUUUGUGUACAAAUGAAGUGGAUAACUGUAUCGGUGGAAAAGCGGGGGAAUAUUACAGAACCAUUCAGCCAACAAAGACCAUAUCAGUCCAAAAGGAUGACAGAGCUGAGAUAGUUAAAACAACAUCGGUGGAUGGAAGAUUUCUUGAUGAAAAGACGCAUUCGGGGGAAGAGCAUGGGGCUCCGCGGGGGAGAUCACUCUCCUUGACGGAGCCCGAAACCCCGACGGCUUUUGUAGACGGAACGAAGAAAACGAAUGCAUCUCAAAUAGCAGAGGAAUCGUUAAAGAAGGAGACUGAAACACCAGGAUUGCCGUCAGCUUCUUUCCGAAGCAAUUAUGAUGAACGUAAGACGAGCCCGGACAUACAGGACAUCAUCACAGGCAUUGUGAAACUCUUAAAUGGGAACGUGAAAGUACAAGCAAAUCCCAAUUUACCACCAGGAGGUAUGAUGGGAGGCGGGAGACCACUACGUCCUCUGAGUACAAGGAUCAACAACCGUGGGCCGCCGAGAAUAACAGACGUACCUCCUCUUCCACCGGAUUUCGAUACAUCAGGUCCUCAUCCAACAUUUAGUCAUCAUCCACCUGCACUCAUACCUUUGCAGACUUCUUCCCGAUUACCACCACCUUACCCUUUUGAUCGACCUCCAGUAAUUGUCCCUCUGCCUCCCCAACCGUCAGAGAACCACCACCAACCUGAUCAUCCAUUUAUGACUGGAGUUCCUCUCCCAGAGCAAGUUGUUCCAGUGUCAAAUUCCAACAGUGGCAAUAGACCUCCAGGGAAUCAGGGUACUGUCAGACCUCAGAGGCCAAGACCUCCACGACCCAGACCUUCAUUGAAACCAAACUGGAAUAACAACAGAAGACCCCAACCGAUACCACAGCCAGGUGUGGACCAGCUGUUACCAUUUCAUAAACCAGGUGUCAACAAAAACACCGAGCAUGAAGACCAUAAAAUUUCGAUAACAGUGAUGGAAGAUCAAGACAAUCAGGAUAACAGAGAAUACCAAUACACAACUCUUCAGGCUCCAGAAACUUUGCAAGAAGGGGAGGAGUUCAUCACAACGACAACCACCUCAAAAUCGCAACUACUUCCAUUUGACAUACCAUCAAGUAUGAGUGAAGAAGAUUUGCCCAUUACAACAGAAGAUACAAGAUCUGAAAUUCCAAACAAGGCUGAAAAAGAACAAGAAAAGCACACCAGCUAUAUAAAAAGUCCAGGUCUUAACACUUCAACAGAAGAGCCGAAAAUAAUAGCAACUUUGACAUCAUCCUCAUCAACAGUAAAUGAAGCAACGAAAGAGGCCUUAUCAGUUACAUCUGAAUCAACAAAGGCACAUGACACAGCAGUGUUAGCAGGGUCAUCAUCUGAAAUACCAAUUCUUGAGCCAUCAAUAGGCGUGGGAGUUGCAACACCAGUAUUAGAAUCUUCUAUGCAUGAUAUUAUCACACAUGACUCAACAGCCUUGAAUGAUUGGGAAGAACCUCAAGGUCCUACAACCUCUACAGGAACACCAACUUCAGUCCUACCAUCAAAUCUGCCUUCACUUAGUGGGGAGACAUCAUCAGGUGCUACAAGCAGCAGCAUCCCUGCCAAGGAUAAGCUCAAGCAAACUACAGGUGGUUUUCCCUACUACCCAUAUCGGUCUCGGACAGGGAUUGUUCUAGAUGACACGGAAUACAAACCAAUGGGUGUCAUGAACCGCCCUAUCAUUACAGCACCACCCCCUGUGGCUGGCCAUGUGGGUGACAUAUUUGAUGUCACUGUGACAGCAAUUCAAGGGCCUGGAGGAACAAACACUGGUCAGCCAUUUAUCUAUCCAGUGGAGAUAGAGGGGGUAAAGCUGUCAGGUUCUGCAGGCAGUGAAGUGUCAGUAAUCACAAAGGCAGAAGAGGGUCAGCAUUUUGUGUCAAUUGAUGGGAAGCGAACCUACAUCAAUCUGUUCGGCAGUAGCACAGAGCAGGGAGAUGUCAUGCCAACCAGAAUUCAACAGGGUGGUCAUACCCUGCAACCACAGAAAUCUUCAUCCACUAUUGGAACAGGAUUUGCAGUUCUUGAGACAGAAGAGUCUGCAUCCCACCAUGGAGCUGAUCAACCACCUCCAUCACCCCCUCGCCGGCCAUACAACAAACGACCGACUCAUCCUCCCGUCAGGAUAGACAUGUGCACUGUUGGGGAUGACUCCACCUGUGAUUCAGCGCAGAAUGAAAUGUGUCGUACUGAGUUAGGAGUCUCUUCAUGUCAUUGCCGACCUGGUUAUAGCCGCCGCAAGCACAGAGAGCCAUGUAGAAGGGUGGUAUCUAUAUUGAUGUCUCUACGAGUAGAUCGACUGUAUGACAGGAGGGUUGUGUGGGAUGGAAAACUACAGAACCCAGAGUCUGAGGAAUACAAAACACUUGAAUGGGAAUCUAGUCGAGCAAUUGAUUCUGCAAUGCUUAUGACUCCAUUUUCUGAUGACUUCAUGGGUGUACGUGUCAAUGGCCUGUAUACUGUGCCAGAGGGUGCACAGCUUGGUGGCUCAAAAUGGGGAGCAGUGUUUGUCAACCUGACAUUGCAAUUGGAGGAGAGUGCAGAGACUCUUAGACCAGCUGUGCGACAUGACAUACAGCGCCAUCUGCUAGGAGUUAUCCACAGAAGAAACAAUAAUGUGGGCCACAGUGCACUGUGGGUUGAUAGUCCACCUGGCUCCAUAUCACACCUGCAGGAUGUAAAUGAGUGUACCAGUCGAGAACUCCAUGACUGCCACCAUGAAGCUCAGUGCAGCAAUGUGUUUGGAUCCUUUCGCUGCUCUUGUCCAGAGGGUUACCGAGACCCUUGGGCUGGGAAUCCUCAUCGCAGUGGUCGUCAGUGUGAGACAUGCUCACCUGAGCACUGCAGCGGUCGUGGGGAAUGUCGUUAUGAAGCAGGGCAGCCAGUCUGCCAUUGUUCAAGUAAUUUCUAUGGCUCACAAUGUGAAGUGGAUGGUGAAGUUCUUGGUGUAGCAGUGGGUGCAUCUGUAGCAGCAGUGGUCAUUAUUGUACUAACACUAGUAUGUUUAUGUAUGUGGAGUCGUCGAUGGAGUAGGGAACAAAAGACUGCAGCAGGAAUGGGGUCACCUGUCUUUGGUUACAUGGCCACUGGUGGCAGUACAGUGAAGACUCCAGCUGUUGGAUCUCCACCCUACCAAGUUUCUCUAGAAGACAGAUUGCGGUGGGCUCAGAUUGCAGAUGUAAUGGUGCAAGCCAACCAUUAUGCUCAGCCUGAGCCUGUACCAGGGCCGACGAGACCCUCAUCGGCUAUGUUUGGCUAUCCAAGCCUUACAAUGAGUGGAACUCUACCCCAUGGGGCACCACCAGUGCCACUUCCUCGCCUGGGACUUACAAACAUGAGCCACACUGGAGCCAUGAGCGUCCAUGGAGGAACAGCAUUCAGCACACUUGGGGCCCUGAGUUCACAUGGAAUGAGAACCCCAGAUCGAACUGUGGAGUCCACAAGUAGUGAGGAAGAGGACAGGGCAGAUCUGCUGGGUAGGAACUUCCAUGUACCACGACCAAAAAGCAGAUCUUCUGUUGCAAAUCAGAGUGGAAUUUAUUAUGAUGUAGACUGUGAGCAAGAUGCAUACAGUGGUUUCUCAAAGAGCCAGCAGGCAGCUAUCCCAAUGAGCACAUACACGAUGUCCAGCAGAGCCCCAUACUAUCGGCAGUGAUCCACACCAGACUUGAAACAGGCCAUAUGGUACUGAAUGUGUGGUGUAGUGCAGCAAUGGCAUUAUAAAUGAUUCCCUAAAGCUUUGAGACAAUGAUUACUAUAUUAUACCAACAUUAUGUUACAUAUUCUCCACUUUAUGUGGUAUAUUUGAUGCUCACAUUUUCAGAUGAGAGGCUAUUGUUACACCAACAGAUUUCUUGUGUAACCUUCAUCGCCUGUGCAGGCCCAGUUGGCCCUAGGAAGUCAAGCAUCACGAUGUUCAUAAUCCAAUAUGGCUAAUUAAAUUCCAGCAACCAGUGCCACAGUAAGGAGAGAUUUAAAUCUCUGCAAAAAUAAAGGUGGUUUCAAUGAAACUUAGCACCUCUGUGGUACUAGGAUGAUGAUCUAGUACUCAUAAGGUUCCAAGUUCACUCCCAACUAUUGCCAGUGAUCUUUAGACGAAAAGAUUUAUUUAAGGGUUAAUGGCAGUGGCUAUUAUUGAAUCCAGGACCCUUAAAAUAUUAGAUUACUGACCAGUGGUAAAUGCAUUUGUCUAGGAUUCAAAAGUUCCCAGGUUAACUCCCAAGUGUGAAUAAAAACAAUAAAAGAUGUUAGUAUAAAACACAAUCAGCCACUUGAAGGUGUGAGUACAGAAAAUUUCUGAAAAUUCGUGCAUUUAAAAUAUACAUCAGGCAAUGGAUAAUGCUCAAAAUUAUACCAGAAUAAAGCCAUAUAAACAUA